CAUAGGAGUUAUGCUGCGCAGGAGUGGGUGGUUGUGGCUUGCUGUCUUCAUAACCCUGUGGGUUUCCUCAAAUGCUCAGGAUGGUGACAAGGAAGAGGAGACUACCUUUGAUUUACUUCAAAUCAGUAACAUAAACCGAAAGACAGUUGGAGCAAAAUUGUUUCGUGGUCCAGACCCCACUAUCCCAGCGUAUCGUUUCAUUCGGUUUGAUCAUAUACCUCCAUGUAAACCAGAGAAAUUAAAAAAGAUUGUCAAACUCAUACGGCAGAAUGAGGGCUUUAUACUUUCAGCCACCCUGAGACAGGACAGGCAAUCUAGAGGCACUAUCCUUGCUUUAGAGGGUCCUGGCAUCAGUGAGAGGCAGUUUGAGAUCAUUUCCAAUGGCCGGGCCAACACCCUGGACCUUAUUUAUUGGGUGGAUGGCUUCCAGAACGUGAUUUCCCUGGAAGAUGUGGACCUUGCCGACUCACAGUGGAAGAAUCUCACCGUGCAAAUAACAGGGGAGAACUACAACCUCUAUGUUGGCUGUGACCUUAUUGACAGCUUCAUCCUGGAGGAGCCUUUCUAUGAGCAGCUGAAAGCAGAGAACAGCAGAAUGUAUGUGGCGAAAGGGUCCAUUCGGGAGAAUCAUUUCAGGGGUCUUUUGCAAAAUAUUCAGUUAAUCUUUGAUACUUCGAUAGAGGAUGUUCUGCGCAAAAAAGGAUGCCAGAGAAGCCAGUCAACUGAAGUGAACACCAUCAACGAGAGCACUGAAAUCCUUCACUUGAGCCCUUCUGUCACAACUGAAUAUGUGGGUGAGAAGUCAGAGAAGAAGGCUGAGUUCUGUGACCGCUCCUGUGAAGAACUGGGGACAAUGUUCACAGAGCUCACCGGCCUGCGCAUCGUGGUGAACAACUUAGCUGAUAACCUCCAAAAAGUGUCUGAAGAGAACCAAAUUAUGUGGGAAUUGAUUGGACCUAACAAAACCCUGAAGAACCAGUCAGUUUGCUGGCAGGAUGGCCGUGUGUUUGCAGAUAAUGAAAGCUGGAUUGUAGAUAGCUGUACCAAGUGCACCUGCCAGGAUUCUAAAAUUGUGUGCCAUCAAAUCACCUGCCCAGCAGUCUCCUGUGCUGAUCCAUCUUUUGUCGAAGGUGAAUGCUGUCCAGUCUGCUCUCAUUCUGAUGACAGUGAGGAAGGCUGGUCACCAUGGUCCGACUGGACAAAGUGCUCAGUUACUUGUGGUUCUGGGACUCAGAUGAGAGGAAGGUCGUGUGAUGUCACCAGGAGUGCUUGUACAGGCCCACACAUCCAGACAAGGAUGUGCAGCUUUAAAAAAUGUGACCAUCGCAUACGUCAAGAUGGUGGCUGGAGUCACUGGUCUCCCUGGUCUUCCUGUUCAGUUACCUGCGGAGUAGGAAAUAUCACCCGCAUCCGCCUCUGUAAUUCCCCGAUCCCCCAGAUGGGUGGGAAAAACUGUGUGGGAAAUGGGCGUGAAACAGAGAAGUGUGAGAAGGUUCCAUGUCCAGUGAAUGGCCGGUGGGGUCCUUGGUCUCCAUGGUCUGCCUGCACUGUUACCUGUGGAGGAGGAAUUCGUGAGAGGUCUCGCCUCUGUAACAGUCCAGAGCCACAGUAUGGAGGAAAGCCAUGUGUGGGAGAUACCAGGCAGCAUGAUAUGUGCAAUAAGAAGGAUUGCCCAAUUGAUGGGUGUUUGUCAAAUCCUUGCUUUCCUGGAGCAGAAUGCAACAGUUACCCAGAUGGGUCUUGGUCAUGUGGGCCAUGCCCAGCAGGUUAUCUUGGCAAUGGUACCGUCUGUGAGGAUCUUGAUGAGUGUAUAGCUGUGUCAGAUGUUUGCUUUAAGGUGAAUCAGGUCCAUCGCUGUGUGAACACAAAUCCAGGAUUCCACUGCUUGCCAUGUCCUCCACGCUAUAAAGGAAGUCAGCCCUAUGGGGUAGGGCUGGAAGUUGCCAAAACAGAGAAGCAAGUCUGUGAACCUGAGAAUCCAUGCAAGGACAAGACACACAGCUGCCAUAAGUCUGCAGAGUGCAUCUAUCUGGGCCAUUUCAGUGAUCCUAUGUACAAAUGUGAAUGUAGAACAGGUUAUGCUGGUGAUGGACGCAUCUGUGGUGAGGAUUCGGAUUUGGAUGGCUGGCCUAAUAAUAACUUGGUCUGUGCUGCUAAUGCAACAUACCAUUGUGUGAAGGAUAACUGCCCCCUUCUGCCUAACUCUGGCCAAGAAGACUUUGAUAAAGAUGGCAAAGGAGAUGCCUGUGAUGAGGAUGAUGACAAUGAUGGUGUCGAAGAUGACAAAGACAAUUGCCCUCUUCUAUUCAACCCUCGUCAGUUUGAUUAUGACAAGGAUGAAGUUGGUGACCGCUGUGAUAAUUGCCCCUAUGUGCACAACCCUGCUCAGAUUGACACAGAUAAUAAUGGGGAGGGUGACUCAUGUGCUGUGGAUAUUGACGGAGAUGACAUUUUUAAUGAACGAGAUAAUUGCCCUUAUGUCUAUAACACGGACCAGAGUGAUACAGAUGGUGAUGGAGUUGGUGAUCAGUGUGAUAAUUGUCCGUUGAUGCAUAAUCCAGACCAGACUGAUGCAGAUAAUGACCUUGUUGGUGACCAAUGUGACAACAAUGAGGACAUAGAUGAAGAUGGCCACCAGAACAACCAGGAUAACUGCCCUUACAUCCCCAAUGCUAACCAGGCUGACCAUGAUAAAGAUGGUAAAGGAGAUGCCUGUGAUCCUGAUGAUGACAAUGAUGGUGUCCCAGAUGACAGGGACAAUUGUCGCCUCAGAUACAACCCUGAGCAGGAGGACUCUGAUGGUGAUGGCAGAGGUGAUAUUUGCAAAGAUGACUUUGACAAUGACAAUGUCCCGGAUAUUUAUGAUGUAUGCCCUGAAAACAAUGCCAUCAGCGAAACUGACUUCAGAAAGUUCCAGAUGGUCCCCCUGGACCCCAAGGGAACAGCUCAGAUUGAUCCUAACUGGGUUAUUCGCCACCAAGGCAAGGAACUGGUGCAGACUGCCAACUCUGAUCCUGGAAUAGCUGUAGGCUACGAUGAAUUCAGUUCCGUUGACUUCAGUGGAACUUUCUAUGUUAACACAGACCGCGAUGAUGACUAUGCCGGCUUUGUGUUUGGUUAUCAGUCCAGCAGUCGGUUUUAUGUUCUGAUGUGGAAGCAGGUCACUCAGACCUACUGGGAGGACAAACCCACCAGGGCUUAUGGCUAUUCUGGUGUGUCACUCAAAGUAGUGAAUUCAACAACUGGUGCUGGCGAACACUUGAGAAAUGCUCUCUGGCAUACAGGAAACACCCCUGGACAGGUGCGUACUUUGUGGCAUGAUCCCAAGAACAUUGGCUGGAAAGAUUAUACAGCUUACAGGUGGCAUUUGAUCCAUAGACCUAAAACAGGAUUAAUAAAAGUUUUAGUGUAUGAAGGGAAACAAGUCAUGGUGGAUUCUGGACCGAUCUAUGAUACAACCUUUGCUGGUGGACGAUUAGGUCUUUUUGUCUUCUCUCAAGAGAUGGUCUAUUUCUCUGACCUCAAAUAUGAAUGCAGAGAUGCUUGAUCAACGGUUGCUGCAUUACUAGCAAAGUACUGUAAAUGCUAUGCAACCUAGUCACCUCAGUACAUCCUGGUACUCCCAGUUCUUAUUUUCGUGUACCUCCUGUCCUCUGUCCUCGUGCUCCACUCACCAGGUACCUCCCUGUUGCCAGGAGUGCCUCAGCCAUCCCUCCACCUAAGUGCCUUCUCACAGCCAGGAUUAAUGAAACCUAAACGUGAGCGUCCAACCCACCACUGAAGCAAAACCAGAUUGACAC